AUGGUAGAGGCUGCACCUGCCGAGGUGGACGUGUGGGUACCGGAGGAUGUGUGCGACAUUGAUGCUAAGAAGACACCUUUGUUCGGCAAGUUCGAGCUGGUGGAUUGGCAAUUGAUGAAUUUACGGUAUGAGCUUCAUCUUAUAUGUCACGCCUUUGAGCGUGAUGCGACUUCGAAGGAUGCCGAUAUGAAGGGCAUUCACAAAUCGUUACUGCAGCACUACUACCAGACUUACGUCAUGCGAGGGGUGCUGGUCCCCUCCCUUUAUGGUGCUCAUAGUCUGGAGCAAAUACUCGACACUUUGCUGGUGGAUACUAUUAUGAUCGAUAAGGAUGGAGUACUGAAAGCUGUGCAUGACAUCGAUGCACCGCUGUCGACGUUUAUACGCUUGACGGAGGCGGCGAGGAGGGAGAGGGAGGCUAAGAUAAGCGCUGGGGAUGAGAGCGCGAAGUUGCGG